AUGCAACAAGAAGAAAACAAAAAGGUGAGAGAAAAUAAAGAAAACAUUGAGAAAGAUAAAGUAGAAAUUGAUAAAGAGAACGAUAAGGGAGAAAUUGAAAAGGAAAAACAUAAAUGUGAAGUAGAAGAAAAAUUAAAAGAUCGGGAGGAUGAGGAAGACAAAGGCAUAAAGAAAGAUAUUAAUAUGGAAAAUAUCGGAAAGGAAAAUGUGAAAAAAGUAAAUGUGUUGAAAGAUAGGAAUACAGAAAAUGAAGAGGAUAUUCCGAAUGAACUUGAUAAUUAUUCUUUCUAUCAUGGUUUAGUAUCAUCGGAUGAUCUAUGCUUCAUUCUUUCCGAGAUUGGAGAUUUCAUUAUUCGUUGCACACAAUUAUCAAAUGAACAAAAAUUCGCAUUCAUUAUAUCAGUAGAAACGAUCAAAAAACCACUGCAAAUCAAGCAUAUAAGAAUUCAUCGUGAAAGAAGGAAAGAUGAUAAAAUUGAAUGGUUUGUACAUGAUAAGUUCAAAUAUGGAUCUAUUGAGGAAUUAAUUAAUGAUUAUAUCAAAGAGAAACGACCGAUACAUCCCGAUAUACAACAAAGUGUACUUAUCCGCGGAGUUCAUUUGACAUCUUGGGAAUUCCAACACAAAAAUGUUAAAAUGGAUAAAUUAUUGGGCGAAGGAGAAUUUGCUUCAGUAUAUCUUGGCGAAAUUGCUAUUGGAUUAACAAAACAAAAAGUUGCCAUUAAAAAGAGCCGACUUACACCAAAACAAGAGUUGAAAAGUAUCGGUACGGAAAUUUACUACGAAUUGAUGCAUGAAGCACGUUUAAUGCGUCUUUUUGAUCAUCCUAACGUAAUCAAAUCAUAUGGCAUUGCUGUUAUGAAAUGUCCAUUGUUGAUAAUCCUUGAAUUGGUUAACGGUGGCUCACUUUACCGAUAUUUACAACAAAAUCAAAAUAAAAUUUCACGUAAAGAGAAAAUAGUAAAUAUGUGCUAUGGAACAGCAAAAGGAUUGCAAUAUUUGCAUGAAAAUAAUUGCAUACAUCGUGAUAUCGCAACCAGAAAUAUACUUUAUACAGAUGAUAAAAUUGCGAAAAUUUCUGAUUUUGGUUUAUCGCGUAUUGGUAGUGAAUAUAAAAUGAGGAAAAGUAAAAAAAUUCCACUUAAAUGGACAGCUCCCGAAACAGUUGCAGCAUUAAUUUAUACACAAAAAAGUGAUGUCUUCUCAUAUAGUAUUUUUAUGUGGGAAAUAUUUACUGAUGGAGAUGAGCCUUAUAAAGGCCUUACACAUAUGGAAAUACGAAAACGAGUAGGUUGUGGUGGUCGAUUAGAUCGACCUGCACGUUGCCCAAAGAGUAUGUUUUUUCUUAUGCAAAAAUGCUGGGAGCAAAAUCCGGAUGAUCGUUAUGAUAUGAAACAAGUUGUGCAAUUUUUGGAAGCUUAUUUGGAAUUUAAAAAAGGACGAAAGAAACAGAUGGGAUUGAGAGAGAUGUCAAAAGAGACGGUUGAAUUAACAAAAGAUGAUGAAGAUGUUGUUGUUGAAGAAUAUUUGAAAAAAAGUGGGAAAAAUGAGAAUAAAAUUUCGGUUGAAAUGGAUUCGGAUGCAACAAAAAUAAUUAAAGAAUUGCAAGAUGAAAUUGCAAAACUAAAUGCAAUUAGUCACGAUUCGGUAUCAUUAUCCACUGCAGAAGAAAAUCGACCAAUUCCAAAAGACAAAGGAUUGGAAACAAUCGAUGAUUAUAAAGAAGCUCAAAUAGGUAAAAUAAAAAUAAUGCAAAAUUGA